UGCCAUAAAAAGUGCUCCCUUUUUCUCCCUUUACUCUCCCCGCUUCCCUCCUCCCUUCUUUAAUUUCUCUCUUCCCCCUAAAUAGAAGCCCAAUUCGACGAGGAGAGAGAGAGAUAAAAAAACAAAAUAAAUAGCACAUUUCUCCUCCCCAACUCAAACCCCAUCAUCCAUCUCCUACUGCAUAAUUCAAUGGCGAGGGAGAAGAUACAGAUUCGGAAGAUCGACAACGCGACGGCGAGGCAGGUGACGUUCUUGAAGCGGCGGCGGGGGCUCUUCAAGAAGGCGGAGGAGCUCGCCGUCCUCUGCGACGCCGACGUCGCGCUCAUCGUCUUCUCCUCCACCGGCAAGCAUUUCCAGUUCGCCAGCUCCAGUAUGAAUCAGAUUAUUGAAAAGCACAGUUUGCACUCAAAGAAUCUUCAGAAAGCAGAGCAACCAUCUAUUGACUUGAAUGUAGAGCAAAACACGUACACAAGGUUGAGCAAAGAAAUUGCAGAAGCAAGCCUCCAACUUAGGCAGAUGAGAGGAGAGGAACUCCAUAAGCUAACAAUCCACGAGCUGCAGCAGCUCGAGAAAACGCUUGAAAUUGGAUUGGGUCGUGUUCUUGAGAGAAAGAGUGAACAAAUUAUGGAAGAGAUCAGCAGCCUCAAACAAAAGAGUGCAGCGUUGAUGGAAAAAAAUACCCAGCUGAAGGAGCAAGUGGUCAAAAUCGCCAAGACAGGCCGAAAACAGAUGGUUAAUGAUUCGGAACAUGUAUUGCAUGAAGAUGGACAAUCAUCUGAAUCAAUUACUAAUGCUUCGCUCUCAGGAGCACCGCCGGACUAUUGCGACGAUAGCUCAGAUACGUCGCUAAGAUUGGGGCUGGCGAUUUCGAGUUGGAAGUGAUGGCGAAAUCUAGCAUGAAGGAUCAAGAGCUUUUUUUUUCUUUCUUUUUUUCUUUUUUUUUUUUCAUCUUCACUUUUUUUUUUGCGGGGAGUUGUUAAGAUCUCGCGCGUGAAUCUUGAAAGAUGAGUGCAUAAAUAAACUCUUCAGAGAGGAGUCGUUUUUUACA